AUGGAUGACACCAGAAUCGAAGACGAUGAUAAGGAUGCAUUGGCUGGACUAAGCGCCGUCCCUUUACGUAAAAUCCAAUCCCACAGCCAUCAACUACGUGCAAACUCAACUCCUCAAAAGCGACACAACAAAGUACGUAAACAUAGCCUAGACGAGGCUCACGUACCCGACUGCUUUGAAGACCACCAACAGCAAUACUAUAAUGACUCUUCCGACGAUGAUUUCUUUCCUUACUCCUCCUCGUCCACCACCACCGCUUCUUCCGGGACACCAGUUUUCGGUGGUGGUGGAAAUACUAAUGACUAUCUCUCGCAGAGAAUGGACCGUGGCCUCUGCAUGGAAGAUGGUCAAGAUGAAUCCAGGCAAAUGCAAGCAUUGCCUGAAUUCAUUGGAAGUGGCGGGAUGAAUGGGAUCUUCAAGGUUCCGGUUCGCGCCCCAGUUCAUCCUGGCCGCCCGCCUUGCCUUGAGUUAAGGCCUCACCCUUUGAGAGAAACCCAGGUGGGAAAGUUUUUGAGGAACAUUGCAUGCACGGAAACGCAGUUAUGGGCAGGUCAAGAGUGUGGAAUAAGGGUGUGGGAUUUUGACCGUGCUUAUGAUCCUGGAUAUGGGCUUGGUGGGUCUGGUGGGAGGGUUAGAAGGGGUGAUGAGGAUGCUGCACCAUUUCAUGAGUCUGUGAACACGUCUCCAACUAUGUGUACGAUGGUUGAUUGUGGGAAUAGGGUGGUUUGGACUGGGCAUAAGGAUGGGAAGAUUAGAUCUUGGAAGAUGGAUCAGCCUCUGGAUGAUAAUCCUUUCAAAGAAGGUCUUUCAUGGCAGGCUCAUCGUGGUCCUGUUCUUUCAAUGGUUUUGACAUCUCAUGGUGAUCUGUGGUCUGGAGCUGAAGGUGGUAUUAUUAAGAUCUGGCCAUGGGAAUCCAUUGAAAAAUCUCUUUCUCUAAAAGCAGAGGAAAGGCACAUGGCUGCUUUACUGGUGGAGAGGUCAUUUGUGGACUUAAGGAGCCAAGUCUCUGUUAAUGGUGUUUGUAGUAUAUCUUCUCAAGAUAUAAAGUGUUUGUUAUCUGAUACUGUUAGAGCUAAAGUUUGGAGUGCUGGGCCUGUGUCCUUCUCACUUUGGGAUGCUCGCACAAGGGAGCUUCUAAAAGUGUUUAAUGUAGAUGGUCAGAUGGAGAAUAGAGUUGACAUGUCAGCAGUACAGCAUGAUCAAGCUGUAGAAGAUGAGAUGAAGGUAAAAUUUGUUUCCCCAUCGAAAAAGGAGAAAUCACAGGGUACUAGCUUUUUGCAACGAUCACGCAAUGCUAUAAUGGGAGCUGCAGAUGCUGUUCGUCGUGUUGCAACCAAAGGGACAAGUGCGUUUGUAGAAGAUGUCAAGAGAACAGAAGCACUAGUGCUAGCUGCUGAUGGAAUGAUUUGGAGUGGAUGUACAAAUGGCUUGCUUGUGCAGUGGGAUGGGAAUGGAAAUCGAAUGCAAGAAUUUAAUUUCCAUCCUUGUGCUGUCCAAUGCUUUUGCACUCACGGGGCACGAAUAUAUGUAGGCUAUGUGAGUGGUGUUGUACAAGUAUUGGAUCUUGAGGGAAAUCUAGUUGCAGGAUGGGUUGCUCAUAAUAGUCCUGUCAUAAAAUUGGCAGUUGGGGCUGGUUAUGUUUUUAGCUUAGCUACUCAUGGAGGUAUACGUGGGUGGCACAUUACAUCUCCAGGGCCUCUUGACAGUGUAAUACGAUCAGAAUUGGGUGGAAAAGAACUAAAAUAUACGAAACGAGACCAUGUCAGAAUCUUAGUUGGUACAUGGAAUGUUGGUCAAGGAAGAGCCUCUCAUGAUUCACUUAUGUCAUGGUUGGGUUCGGCUAUAUCAGAUGUUGGCAUUGUUGUUGUUGGGUUGCAAGAAGUUGAGAUGGGUGCGGGUUUUCUUGCAAUGUCAGCAGCAAAAGAAACUGUAGGACUUGAAGGGAGUUCUGUGGGACAAUGGUGGUUGGACACGAUAGGGAAGGCCUUAGAUGAAUCAGGAACUUUUGAGCGUAUGGGUUCUAGGCAGCUAGCAGGCUUGCUUAUAUCCCUCUGGGUGAAAAAGGAUCUUAGACCAUUUGUAGGGGACAUUGAUGCUGGAGCAGUUCCAUGUGGCUUUGGUCGUGCAAUCGGUAACAAGGGAGGUGUAGGUUUGAGAAUCAGAGUAUAUGAUCGGAUAGUUUGCUUUGUGAACUGUCACUUGGCUGCACAUCUGGAAGCUGUCAAUCGCCGCAAUGCAGAUUUUGAUCACAUAUAUCGCAAUAUGGUCUUCAGCCGGUCAUCAAAUCUACUUAACAAUGCAGCUGGUAUGGUGCCAUACCUGUUUUUGUUUUGCUCUCUUGUCUUCUCCACAUAUUUAUUUUGGCUGCUUUAUUCUUCUGGCUUUUCGUUUGCCCUCUCUGUUGCAGCUGGUGUCACAACUUCUGCCCAGGUGCUUCGAGCUGCAAAUGCUGCUGCAGGUGGCAACACUGAAGAACCAAAGCCUGAGUUAUCUGAAGCGGAUAUGGUUGUAUUUCUUGGUGACUUUAAUUACCGUCUUUUCGGUAUAUCUUAUGAUGAGGCGAGGGACUUUGUUUCGCAAAGAUGCUUUGAUUGGCUCAGAGAAAAAGAUCAGCUCAGGGCAGAGAUGCAAUCUGGGAAAGUUUUCCAAGGAAUGCGGGAGGCACUCAUAAGAUUCCCUCCAACAUACAAGUUUGAAAAGCACCAAGCAGGUUUAGCAGGGUAUGAUUCUGGUGAGAAGAAGCGUAUUCCUGCCUGGUGUGACCGGAUAAUAUAUCGUGACAAUCGUGCCACUUCAGCGACCAAUUCCAGUUUAGAGUGCCCUGUGGUGUCAUCAAUUUUACAGUAUGAGGCAUGCAUGGAUGUGACUGACAGUGAUCACAAACCUGUCCGGUGUAUAUUCAAUGUGAGAAUUGCUCAUGGUGAUAAAUCAGUAAGGAGACGGGAGUUCGGAAGAAUUUACAGAUCCAAUGAGAAAAUCAGGUCCAUUCUUGAAGGAUUAAGUUAUAUUCCAGAAACCACAGUGAGCACCAAAAACAUAGUUCUUCAAAACCAGGAAUCAACCAUUGUGAGAAUCACCAACAAAUAUGCCAAGGAUACGGUUAUAUAUAAAAUCAUGUGUGAAGGUCAGUCAACUGUAAAGGAAGAUGGAGAAACACCUGAACUUCGCCCAAAAGGAGGCUUUGGCCUUCCAAGAUGGCUUGAGGUCACACCAGCAGCCGGCAUAAUUAACCCUGAAGAAUUUGUGGAGGUCUCAGUAAGUCACAAGGACUUUCACACCCUAGAAGAGUAUGUUGAUGGCAUCCCACAAAACUGGUGGAGUGAAGACACUCGAGACAAGGAAGUGUUCUUGGUCAUAAAUGUGUGUGGCAGUUGCUCAACCCAUAGCUAUAAUCACAGAGUCCGUGUCCGUCAUUGCUACUCGGGCAAGACAAUCCGCAUCGACUCAAAAUCCAACCAUUCUAGAAAGUACCAAGGAGGCUUAAUUCAUCGGUCUGAUCUCCGGCAACUAAGUACUUUGACAGAUGCAAUUGAUGACUCCCAACAUAUGAAAACCCCCCAAGAAGCUAAAAGCAAAACCCCAAGCAAAAACCACCCAAGAAGCUAGAAGCAAAACCCCCCAUGAAGCUAGAAACAAAGACUAAUAGUUUAUGGCAGAUAUAGAUGCAUCACCAGGGCAAGUGCUUUGACUGGAAAAUCUUGAUGUAAAUACUUUGUGGAGCCUGGUUGCCAAUACAGUCAUCUUACAACAGUCACAAUUUGUUUUAUCAUCUAUUAUAUUAAUGCAUCAGUUCAUACACUUCCAACUAUUUAACUUCGUUCUUUUUAGUA